CCAAGAGUUCACCGGGCUGUCCUCCUCCUGCUCUGAGCGGCGGACUUUUCUCCACCUCUGGCUGAUUAAGUUGUGGACUUUUUUCGGGGCAAACUUUAAACACAUGUGAGUGUCAGAAAGGAGAAAAGGGAGUCGCUGGAUGUUCCGCCGCCCUCUCGGGGAGAGAAGUGGAGCUCAGGGAGGAAGCGCAGCGGAGGACUCCGGCCGGUGUUUCCCUCUUGUUAAUGGGUGUUUGAGAGAGAGGGAGGCCUGGAGCAUGAUGUCCGUUGGAAGUGAUAGCUGACACCGUAGAAUGAGAGAGGAUGGAGCAGACAGACAACCCUGCCCCUGAGAGCAACAACCCUAAUGGGUUUGUCAACCGAGUGUUUAAUGUUUCUCUGGAUGUGGAGAAUGAGACCGGCAGUGUUUCUAUUCAGGAGACUGGGCCAGGGCCUGCAGAGGAGCAGGGAGAGAUCCACGCUGCCUCCUGUCAGACCCCUGUCAAGGACAGACAGGAGGUCAACCGGAGGCCCCGUGCCACGGGGGGCAUAUGGAAGAUCCUGAAUCGAAAGAGAGCUGUCUCGGAGCUGGAGAGGAGACCACACUCAAUGAUCUUGCCUGGAGAGGCUUCCAUCCCUAAACUCUCCUUUGCUGACAAAGUUCGCUCUUUCAAGAAGCUUAAAUCCCCCGCUGUGUUCAGAGGGAAGACGGGGAAGCUGUCCAAUGCCAAAUUCACCAGCUCCUUGGUGGACGAGGAGUCGUUUUGCCGCGAGAUCGGCACUCCUCAGCAGUCCAGCAGGGGCACGCUUAAACACCGUGGCAAGAGGCAUUCAUAUGCUGGCUAUACAGCAGAGUUCGACUGCUCAUUUGAAGACAUUGACCUUUCCGCUCCUAUGGACGGCCAUCAGUCCACUGUAAUGGGAGAGGCUGUGACUCAGAACGGCUUCAAACCAACCGAAAGAGUUUCCUAUUCUAAAAAAAGCCACAACAAUUUAUCCAACUGCCAAAAAACUGUGGCGAGCUGUGAGGAGCCCAGCAUUAAGGGCAGUCCGAGAACCCACCACGGCGGAGCACGGAGGCAUAAAGAUGUGUGGAGUUACCUGAGGAGGAUUUCCCUUCUGGGGAAGAGCAAUCCCGUCUACUCCGAGAGGAGCUUUGAAUCCGAGCUGCCCUCACUGGACAAGACCAUGGACUCUGACUACGGCUCUGUAGACUUUGAAAGCGUCAGAGACUUUCAGCCUCCGCCCCCGAAACAGUCGGAUACCAAGGGGCACUUCGGUGGCCUCUUCAAAUUUUUCAACAGCGUGGCAGAAACGGCGAGAAAAUGGCGCACGACGUCUCGCUCCUUCUCCCCUCCGGAGGGAGAGAGGUCGCCGGUGAACUCCCCGCGGAUGCUGCAGCGCACGGCGGACGGCGUUCACAGUGUGUCCCUGACACUGCACAAUGAAGGACUCCCGCAAUCCCAGCCUACCCCGUCAUCGCCAAUGACCGAUAAAUCCCCACACUCCGGUGGAGCUGACAGCGAGGAUCCAGCACCUGUGACAGCUGGGCGCUCCCCCAAGGUGGUGCUGAAAGCCUUCAGGGCAUGCCCGGGACAGCGAGCUGUCAAUGGCCUUCAGGGUUUUGAGCUUACGGAACAACCUGCGGACGGAGAGGCAAACCACCAGUCCACGGCCGUCGUGGAAAACCACGUCGCUCAUUCAGACACGGGAGCUGAAACAGAAGCACAGGUUGAAAGAGGUCAAUUGAACUGUGUCUGUCGAGAGGAAAAGGUAGAGGGUCGGACAGGAAAUGAGCAGGAUUCCAGGGAUGCUCCUCUUGACUCCCAGCGUUUACAGGAAGCGAGUGACCAAUCACAACAAGGUGAUAAAGACAGCACGACCAACAGUGUGCCUGCCUCAGAUUCCACAGAAGAAAUAUUCAAGCUGUGCGAGCAGAUUGCCAGCCAGACAGGCUGCAGCGUCAGACAGCCGGGGCCCGCCGUGCCCCACUCCGGCACAGAGAGGACCUCUGUACCCCGCAAGCGCCCUCGUCCCCGCCCCCGCCCGGCCUCGGUGGCGCUGGACCUGCGGCGGCACAACCCGGACCGGGAUCUCUACAGCCACUACAGCGAGGUGGGCUCGCUGGCCCGUCGGAGACGCAGGCCCGCCCCCGCCGUGCAGCUCUCCCCGGAUCAGAGACGGACGGCCGGCCGAGCCAGGCCGUGCUCCGUCAUAGAGACCAGUGUUACUAGGGAGACGCAGUCCACGGAGCUGCAUCACAGAGCCUUGUCUCGCCCUCUGGGGGUGUCACCGCUAGAGCCCCCCCACAGGGCAUCUCUCCAGAGAUGUCGCUCCCUGCCGCUCCCCCCCAGCACUCUCACAGCUUUGGCUCUGCUCCUGCCGACAUCAGGAGACAUGGGUCAUUCUUCAUCCGUGCGUCUGCGGUCUGGAGGCUCCGGCAGCUGCAGGAGGAGGAGGCUGCUCAGACCCGGGUCAGAACCGCUGCAGGUUAACAUAUUGAUAAGUGGAGGUUCAAUCGUCAACGCUGAGGCGGUAUGGGACCAUGUGACCAUGGCGGACCGGGAGUUGGCGUUUAAGGCCGGCGACGUCAUCAAGGUGCUGGACGCCUCCAACAAGGACUGGUGGUGGGGCCAGAUUGACGAGGAGGAAGGAUGGUUUCCUGCCAGCUUCGUACGGGUGGAACCCCACCCUCCUCAGCCCCAAACAAAACAGGUUUUCUAUAUCAACCCCAUAGCAACUCCACGGUUCCAAAACACCACGUCAAAGCUGUGGGUGAACCAGGAGGACGGGGGAGCGGAGCCAGCCGAGGGGACCAGCGAGGUGCAGAACGGGCACCUGGAUCCCACCAAUGACUGCCUGUGUCUGGGCUCGCCGCUCCAGAACCGGGACCAGAUGCGGGCCAACGUCAUCAACGAGAUCAUGAGCACGGAGCGGCACUACAUCAAACACCUCAAGGACAUCUGCGAGGGCUACUUGCGCCAGUGCAGGAAGCGCGUGGACAUGUUUAACGACGACCAGCUCAAGGUCAUCUUUGGGAACAUCGAGGACAUUUAUCGCUUCCAGAUGGGCUUUGUUAGAGAUUUGGAGAAGCAGUACAACACGGAGGAGCCGCAUCUCUCUGAAAUCGGGCCGUGUUUUUUAGAACACCAAGAUGGCUUCUGGAUCUACUCAGAGUACUGUAACAACCACUUGGACGCCUGCAUGGAGCUCAGCAAGCUGAUGAGGGAUGGCAGGUACCAGCACUUCUUCGAGGCCUGCCGCCUUCUCCAGCAGAUGAUUGACAUCGCCAUCGACGGCUUCCUGCUCACCCCUGUCCAGAAGAUCUGCAAAUACCCGCUCCAGUUGGCUGAGCUUCUUAAAUACACCGCGCAGGAGCACAGUGACUAUCGAUACGUGGCGGCGGCCCUGGCGGUAAUGCGGAACGUCACUCAGCAGAUCAACGAGAGGAAGAGGAGGCUGGAGAACAUCGACAAGAUCGCCCAAUGGCAGGCCUCCGUCCUGGACUGGGAGGGGGACGAUAUCCUGGACAGGAGCUCGGAGCUCAUCUACACCGGGGAGUUGUCAUGGAUCUAUCAGCCGUAUGGACGCAGCCAGCAGAGAGUCUUCUUCCUUUUUGAUCACCAGCUGGUCCUCUGCAAGAAGGAUCUGAUACGCCGGGACAUCCUGUACUAUAAGGGCCGCAUCGACAUGGAUCGCUACGAGGUGCGGGACGCCAUCGACGGGCGCGACGACGAUUUCAACGUCAGCGUGAAAAAUGCUUUCAAGUUGUGCAACAAAGACAGCGAGGAGAUCCACAUCUUCCUGGCCAAGAAACCCGAGGAGAAGAUCCGCUGGCUCAGGGCCUUCCACGAGGAGAGGAAGAUGGUGCAGGAGGAUGAGAAAAUCGGUUUCGAGAUCUCCGAGUACCAGAAGCGUCAGGCAGCCAUGACAGUGAGAAAGGUGACCAAACAGAAAGGUGUAAACAGGUGCACGCCCCCCUCAUACCCGCCCCCCCAGGACCCCCUCAGCGUGGGGCAGUAUGAGGUUACGGAGGACAUGGCACAAGCAGAGGUUUUUGAAUUCAGUCAAUCCAAAAGAGGCCAGGCUCCUUUCUGGCAGAAUUUUAGUAGAUUAGCUCCAUUUAAGAAAUAGAGAAACACAGACUCUUCCGAAGGACCAGCUAUUUUUCUUAGAAGCACUAAACACUGGAUGAUUAUGUCCCAUGAUGAAGAAAAAUAUGAAAAACAUACACACACAAGAGACUUGGAAGUCAAGGACCAAUGUUAAUAUAGAGAGCGACUGGAAAGCAGCAAGAGGACUGAAGACUUGGAUUUAAAAAAAAAAAAAAAAAAUGGAGGAAAAAAAUACAACUUUACAAUUCAUAUAUGUUAGUAACGUUCUUAGUUAUCAUGCCUCUCCAGCUGAGUCGUCCAUCACUAACUCUUCCCCUCCGAUUCUGCAUAUUCGCUCCGUCUGAAUGUCCUGGAGGUUUUUUUUUUUUUUUGUUUGUUUUUUGGGAUUCCCACCAGAUUUUGUUUCGCUCCACCAUCUGGAAUCAGGAGGUCACGCGUGGGGUCAUUCCCAGGAAGUCGUGCUGACGGGGGUCCGAGAGCUGAGGUCUCGGCGCGCCGCUGCUGCUAUGUGAGGUUUUACUUUUUUCUUUUUUUUUUUGUCUUUUUUUUUUUUGUCUUUUUUUGCUGCAUUCUUCUGAAUGUGAGAUCGAUGAGCGACGACCUCAGCUGCCGGGCCGUGGAGUCCAGCCCGUCCCAUCACGGACCGGUCUGGAUCGUGGUCUCCUCCUCCUCUCUCCUCCCCUCCACUCUGCAGACAGAAAGCCCCCCCCCCCCUCCCUCCCUCUAUCUCUCCAUCCACCUGCUCGGCCUCCGUGAGUCAGCGGCUCUCGGAGGGGAGGCUCUCAUUCACUCGGAAACCCGCCGCCGGCCACGAUACGCCGGGUCAGGGAACAAAUCAAUAGAAUAUUUACAUCCUCUCCACCAAGCGCUCGUGACAGGGUAUUCAUAUCCGACCACGCCGGGGAUCGCCGCCCGGAGCCCGCCUGCUCAGACGGAACAGCUGGGAGCCGGAGAUAGGCAGGCUGCGGUCCACCUGCCUGGCGUCGCACCCCCACCCCCCACCCCCCCAGAGACCACCCCUGUAGCACUGUGCUGGCAGCUCACUGGGUGUUUUUAUGGAAAGAGCACAGCCUACCUCCAGAAACCAGAACGUGAAGUUGACGCAUCGGCCAAGGUCUGAAAUAAUAUCAAGUCAUCCGUUAAGUAAAAGUUGAUUUAAUCAUUUUCUUCUGCUUGUCACUGUUUAAAAAGAAAAAAAAGGAAAAAAAAAAACAAGCACAUGAGGAGUUAGUGAGAGGCUUUCUUUAGCACUAAGGGGGGCGGAGGGGGGGGGGGGGGGGAAUGAAGUGGACAGACCUGAGUGUGUGCUGCAGUGGAGUGGGGAGACAGAAGAGCGCUGGAAUCAGUCUGCAGCUCGCAGGUGUCCUCUGACUGAUCCAGGCCUCUCUGAAGACUGCAGCCUCGACUCCUGGCUCGCCGCCGCGUCACGCCGCUCCCCCAGAUCUGAUCCGUGUUCUCUGGCAGUUAGCUGCGGCACCCGCUAAGUGAUUUACAAAAAGGACUGUUGCCCGAUCAGAUUGAUUUGUUGAACCAACAAAGUCCCCGAAGCCGCCGCCACCGCCUCCGAGAGAGAGAGAGAGAGAGCGAGCGAGGGAUCCUGCUAUCGAGUCGCCCUGAACGAAGAUCCCAGGAGGGAGACGGUGGAUUUUUAACGCUCAUCAUGAAAGAUCUAUUGUUUUCUGCACUGGGAAUGUAAGUGAAACAUCUGUCCACAGUUUGUGAUCAUACUUUGACCUCAGAUACCGGAGUACAUUUUGUGUUGAGUUCUCUCACCGGACGGACAGUACAUAUACAGUAUGACAACUUGUGCAAUGUGAUAUAUCAUUAUAUAUCUUCACUAUUCACUACAACGUGAUAUCAAAGAGUUAUAUAUUGUUCUAUGUCAUUCGUUUGCCUUCUUAUAGGCCUUAUAAACUAACGGAGAAAGAAAAAAAAAAAGACCUUAGAGUUGCUUUUGUACGUUGUGUAAUUUAUGUUUCGUUCCAGUAAAAAGAGAAGUUGAGAACUGGGUGAGUUGGCUGCUGGUGUCUGUAGAGAUGGCUCCCGGUGAGAUCGUUUUGGAAGAUAAUUCUCCUGUCUGGCACAGCAAAAAGAUAUGGUUCCCAGGCCAUGAUAACCUCAGGUCCCGUGCUACGCCCCGCCCCUCCCCUCCCCUCCCCGCCCCGCCCCGCCCCAUCUCCCACCACUCUACUCAACACUACCACCAGGAUCAACACGCACACACACACAUAGACACACACACACACACACACACACACUCUCGCAGACACACAUAAUCACGCGCACUCGCUGGCCCGUUCUGCUGCGGAGAAGAGAGAUGCUAUCUAACAGUGCCUUCCAGCAUUCCACUAGUGAUUAUCUAUUCAGUUUCACAGGCAGAUUUGAAUUAGUCAUGUAUUUUCCCUUCAGUGCAUCUCUCACUCUCUCUCUCUCUCUCUCUCUCACUCUCUCUCUCUCACUCUCUAUCUCUCGCUCUCAUACACUCUGGGAAUUCCUCGUUCCCCGGUGCACGAGAUCCGCUCGGACAAAAACUUAGAGGUCAGGCCUUUUUUCUUUUCUUUUUCUCCUCCUUUCUUUUCCAUAUGAGUAGAUCCUGUGCUGUCCGACAGACACACUUAAUAGUAUUAAAAAAAGAAAGAAAAAAAAACACCUUAUUAUAUUCUAUCGCACUCUACAUAGCAGCAGUUUUAUUGCACAAGAAGAAAUCUAAUUUCAGAUGUUUUAGAAGCUACAUAGAGUUCAUUUAUCUAUUUAACAUGCUGAGAGAUGGUUUAAUUUGAAUAUAUAGCAGGAAGCAGAUUCUCAUUAGUCGACCUAGGUUUCACAUUUGAAAGUAUAUUAUUAACGCUGAGUUCCGAAUCAAAAGAAGAAUCAUCUAUUUUACCUUUAUCAGCUACACACUGUAAAUACUGUAAAAAGAACAGAUCAUAUAUUUGGAUAUUGGUAUUUUGCGUUGGAGACGAAUGUUGUUCCAGUUCUAGCGUGCGGUAGACCUCAGUACCAGGUAAAAUGCAUGCUUGUGGCAUCCAAUAUUUUGCAUGAGACUUAAGGCAACUCUUAACAGAUUGUUUGGUUUCAUUUGACUUCCGAAUCGGAUUUCUUUUAUUUUAUUUUAUUCUUCUUUUUUUUUUUUAAUCUCAUGGAAGCCCACGACGACGCGGUCCCAUGCCAUCUCACUGGAGGGCGCUCUUUUCUCUGUCCACCCGUCUCCUGCUCACUGCACACCACAGGCUGUAGCUUCUGGUUUUGUUUUUUGGUUGUUGUUUUUAUUAUUGUUUUUAUUUAUUGUCGAGUCCGGGGGGGAACGUGUGUUAUUUCCGCUCACGCUGAGCUGUUGAUAGGUGAUCUGACAGGCACUGGUCUUCUCUUUACCCACAUAAAUGGGGAUUUAGAAACUGUAACCUUAUUUUAAAGUCUUUACUUUAACCUUCACUGUCACGCUCCAGACUGCUCGUUGAUAUCUUUUUCUUUUUUCUUUCUUUUUCUUUCCAAAUGCCAUUUUCUGCGGAGGAAAAAAACGGGUAUAAUUUUUCUAUAACAACAGUGAACCAAAUAGGCGUUAGCACCGAUCAUGGGUGUUUGUGUAUAGAUUUGUAGUCAAGCAGAAGAGCUGAAUAAAUUCGAAACCUCCUGGGAUGAGCUAAAAAUAAACAUAAUCCUGAAGACACACACGCAAACACACACACACACACACACACACACACACACACACACACACACACACACACACACAUAUAUAGCGUACUUCAUUGCAAUUCAUACCAUGCUCUUGUUUCUGCUGAAGAAAUGAUUAUUUGAAGUACAAUGACUUGACUUUACCAGUGAAUUCCUCACUUGUAUUUAUUAACAGCAGUAUUAAAUAGUACCAAUUCUGGCCACGUCGUUUCAAGGAUGUAUAUAUCGGUUCCAUUUAUUUCUUUUAUAAUUCUCAAUCUGACCUGAGAGGACAGCGUCUGACACAGCUGAAGUUUUCAUUUGUUUCUAUUUUUAUUUCUCUCUCUCUCUCUUUUUCUGGUCAUGUAAUCACAACAGACUGUCAACUGGACGCUCACAUUUACCUGUUCUUUUAUUUUAUUGUUGUUCUUUUUUUUUCUUUUUUUUUUUUGUGAAUCCCGGGCACACAUGAGCCAGUAACUCUUUCGCGUUGUUUCAGACCGGUCAGGGUACAAGUCGUCCACAGCCACGGCCUGACGUGGUUUCCACUGACAGAAGACGACAUCCCACACUCACAAAAACACACUCCAUUGUAUAUUACCAUCCAGUUCCAAGGUCUGGAUUCUCUUUCUUUUUUUCUUUUUUUUUAAUUUUUCCUCACUUACAAACUUACUCGCACUAUCUGCAUCCUUUUGUCGCCAUAUGCAAACAACAUUUGUCGUUUUCUUUCUCGCUGGCCUUUUUUCAGUUGGAUUAUUUGUUGUAGAAAUGAAAAACCUGAAAAAUAAUUGCCUAUUCAAUCCAGAAACUGUGAAUGGGAGAGUGGAGAUGUCAGCUGUAUGUACAUUAUAUGUUUUGAUGUAAUCAAGAAGCACUGGGAAUAUGUUGUACUUCGCUGUAAAAAAUAAAUCCAUAUCUGAUA